AGGGGUCUGAAUACUUUCCGAAUGUACUUUAUUACACUUAGUUGAUGGUGGAAGUUAUAGGCCUACUGCUGCAUUGGCCUAUAGGCUAUCUCUGAGUUCUAUGCUCGCCAAUGGACUACAGUGUAUCAAUGUGUCCAUGUUGCAGGGGCUAGUGCUCUCGCAAUAGUCAAAUUUUAACUUUUAGAUUUCUAUCACUUUUAUUUUUACGAUUAACCACGUGACAUCGAUUUUGAGAAACAAAACACUUUAUUAUUGAAAUUAAACUGUUCCGCAAAAAUUUGCAUAUAUAAAUAUUCAUAACUGGCACGCAGAUCGGUAGAAAUGGUAGGAUGAAUUGUAAACUUCCCCAAACUUGAAGCUAUGGUCUUUACUAUUACACCAAUUUAAAAAAUGCAUGUAAGUGCACAGAUAGGAGGUCCAAAAAUGGGCCCGCCUCUGUAAAUCAAAUGCCGGUCCAACAGAUUCGUUCUGGCGCCGGGUCUGCCCAUAUUAUCCUGACAGCUUCUGGCGCCGGGUCUGCCCAUAUUAUCCUGACAGCUUUUGGCGCCGGGUCUGCCCAUAUUAUCCUGACAGCUUCUGGCGCCGGGUCUGCCCAUAUUAUCCUGACAGCUUCUGGCGCCGGGUCUGCCCAUAUUAUCCUGACAGCUUCUGGUUGGUAGGAGUGACCCAUAUUAUCCUGACAGCUUCUGGUUGGUAGGAGUGACCCAUAUUAUCCUGACAGCUUCUGGUUGGUAGGAGUGACCCAUAUUAUCCUGACAGCUUCUGGCGCCGGGUCUGCCCAUAUUAUCCUGACAGCUUCUGGUUGGUAGGAGUGACCCAUAUUAUCCUGACAGCUUCUGGUUGGUAGGAGUGACCCAUAUUAUCCUGACAGCUUCUGGUUGGUAGGAGUGACCCAUAUUAUCCUGACAGCUUCUGGCGCCGGGUCUGCCCAUAUUAUCCUGACAGCUUCUGGUUGGUAGGAGUGACCCAUAUUAUCCUGACAGCUUCUGGUUGGUAGGAGUGACCCAUAUUAUCCUGACAGCUUCUGGUUGGUAGGAGUGACCCAUAUUAUCCUGACAGCUUCUGGUUGGUAGGAGUAGCCCAUAUUAUCCUGACAGCUUCUGGUUGGUAGGAGUGACCCAUAUUAUCCUGACAGCUUCUGGUUGGUAGGAGUGACCCAUAUUAUCCUGACAGCUUCUGGCGCCGGGUCUGCCCAUAUUAUCCUGACAGCUUCUGGUUGGUAGGAGUGACCCAUAUUAUCCUGACAGCUUCUGGUUGGUAGGAGUGACCCAUAUUAUCCUGACAGCUUCUGGUUGGUAGGAGUGACCCAUAUUAUCCUGACAGCUUCUGGUUGGUAGGAGUGACCCAUAUUAUCCUGACAGCUUCUGGUUGGUAGGAGUGACCCAUAUUAUCCUGACAGCUUCUGGUUGGUAGGAGUGACCCAUAUUAUCCUGACAGCUUCACUUAAGUUGGGCCCAGGGACUAUUCAUACACUAUCUCAAGCACCUUCUUUGUCCAAAAAACAUCACAUCAGUAAAACUUGAAGAAGAAAACACAUUUACAAAACAUAAGAAUUUGAAGGACAUUGGAAUAGAAAUUACCUGUAACUCUCAUUCUUUCUCUUUCCUGAAGUACAAGGACUUUCGAAACUCAUGAACUCUCUCUCUCCCUCUAACCCUCUCUCUCUCUCUCACACAGAGGCCGGGACUAUGGCUGCCGAGAGUCUGGCAGAGCUCCGUGAUUGGCUCUUCCUGCUCCUCCUGUGCCUGACUCUACUGGCUGAGAUGCUGGAGUUGGCGGUGGCAGCAGUUGCCAUGGAGGAGGGCGAGGAAGACUUCCUGUGCCCGUUGGUGUGCCGGUGUGACGAAGGCUUUGUCUACUGUAACGACCGGAGGCUGAGCAUGAUCCCUCCUCUACCGUUAACGGCUACUGUUCUCUACUUACAGAGCAACCGGUUGGCCAACUCCGGCCUGCCGCCAUCGUUAGAGCGCAGCAGUAGCAUCCGUGUGGUCUACCUUUACGCCAACCAACUAGACGAGUUUCCUAUACACCUGCCGCCGUCGCUACGGGAACUACACCUGCAGGACAACAACAUUCGGACGUUGCCGCGCACGGUGUUGGCCAGGUUACCGUUGCUAGAGAGGCUACACCUGGACGACAACUCCAUCUCCACGGUGAGCAUUCAGGAGCGGGCCUUCUCCGGCACGCCGCGGCUGAGGUUACUCUUCCUCUCCCGGAACCACCUGUCCAGCAUCCCAGCCGGCCUCCCGGUUUCUUUAGAGGAGCUGAGGUUAGACGACAACCGCAUCAACACCAUCCCCACCCACGCCUUCCGGGGCCUGGCCUCACUGAGACGCCUGGUCCUGGACGGGAAUCUCCUGGCCAACACCCGCAUCGCCGAUGACACCUUCUCCCGCCUGGCCAACCUCACGGAGCUGUCGCUGGUCCGCAAUGCCCUGCAGGCCCCGCCCAUCAACCUUCCCAGCACACACUUGCUAAGGCUGCACCUGCAGGACAACGGGCUGAUCCACAUGCCCCGGGGGACCCUGGACGGAAUGAGGAGGCUGCAGAGGCUGGACCUGUCAGGGAACAACCUGACCACUCUGCCCCGGGGGCUGCUGAGGGACACGGACGGCCUAGAGCUGUUGCUGCUCUGGGGGAACCCCUGGUACUGUGGCUGCAACCUGCUCUGGCUCCACGCCUGGCUGUAUGGCCGAGGGGCAGCAGUGACAGUACGGGGCUUGACCUGCCACGGGCCGGAGGUGGUUCGAGGCCAGGCCCUCAGGGACCUCUCUGGGCUCAUGGACCAGUGUGAAGGCCCACCAGGAGGGGUGAACACUGUCUCUAGUACUACCACCACCUCCCCCCCCAGCCAGGGCUCUAUGUUUACCCUCAGGGCCAUGCGGCCAGGCCUGGUGAUGCCACCGGGAGGAGGAGAGGCGGGGGGGCAGGCCUCACACAACGCUCUAGAACUCACGGUGAAGCCCCUGUCUGCGGACAGCGUGCAGGUGACGUGGCUGUGCCCACAGCCAGCGCCCUCCUUCCGGCUGUCGUGGCUGAGGCUGGGCAGCAGCGCCGCUCUGGGUUCCAUCACAGAGACGCUGGUCCCCGGGGAGAGACAGCAGUACCUACUGACCCAGCUCACGCCACGAUCACACUACCUCGUCUGCCUGCUCCCCCUGCGCUCCACCUCCUCCCACUCUGGAGGGUCACAGAGAGGACAGCAGCAGGAAAAGGACACAACAGACCAGACCCCCGUCUGCGCUCAGAUAGAGACGGGGGAGGCUCUACGCCCUGAGGGGGGAAAUGGGGGUGAUGACUCGGACACAGAGAUGGCAGUCCUCCCCCUGGCCGAGAUCAUUGGCGGAGCCACGGCCCUGGUCUCCCUCAUACUCAUCUUCGGCAUCUUCUGCUGGUACAGCCAGCGCGCCGGGUAUGUCUCCGGGGAAACAGACUCCUAUGGGGUCCGAGGACAGCGCGGGGUCGGAAUGGGGAAGCCAUACGAUGACUACGUGGAGUCGGGCACUAAGAAGGACACCUCCAUCCUGGAGAUCAGGAGCCCCGGCUUGGCUAUGACGCCCAUGAUGACCCAUCAGCCCCUGCAACCCAAAGGAGGGGAAGAUGUGACCUACGUGCACACCAUCUUCCCCUCAUCGCACGGUAACGGCACCUACCGGAGCAACCAGAGUCACAACGGCAUCAUCACCCAACUGGGUCACACGGCGGGCUACGGGACCAACCGGGGUUACCGGGAACAAGGGAUGAUCCCGGAUAUAGACUACACCUACACGUGAUGACAUCAUCUAAGACACACUUCUCCCACCCCCACCGUUUGGACGCUGUUCUAAGGAUACGGUUCUAGCAGGCGGUUGGUUGGUUGGUUGGUCUUCUUGGUUCCAAAGUAUCCUCUGUGCCUCCUCAGUUCUACUCUGAAUCUUAUUGGUCUGUUACUUAGCUGACUGGCUUGGGGUGCUGUGUCCCCAAAGGGCAACCAGACAUACAUGUUAGCUAGGUGACAGAAGUGCCAGUCAAGUCGUACCAUGCUGGGUAUUGACCCAUGACUCAUGUUUAAACGUUUUGAGGACUUUACAGCUACUACACUCUUCCUUCUAUUCCAUAAAACCAUGUUAGUAGUUUGAGGUGGAGGUUUAGACCUAGGUAGAUGAUAUAGGCAAAUAUAUACCAGAAAGAAGCACUUGUGUAGAUGGCUAUACUACUAAAUACUUCUGUUUACGCUGUGUAGACACACAGGUAAGGGUUUGAUGGAACUAGUCAUUAACAACCUACAAACAACAACUCAUCAUCACUGACUGACAAAACAAAUAUAUGUUCCUAUCUUAGAGACAUGUUCCUAUCAGAGAGAGAGAGAAAUAGAGAGGGAGAGAGAGAUAUGGAGAGAGAUAUAUAGAGAGAGAUAUUUAUAUAGAGAGAGAACUAGAUAUAUAUAGAGAGAGAGAGAAAUAGAGAGAGACAAAGAAAGAGAGAUAUAUAUAAUAUAGGGGGAUUAGAAGCCUUGGUUUCAGGCUUGUAACUUCAAAAACAAAUAAGAAAUAUCAGUUUUAGUAAAGGGACAUAGUCUUGGAAAUUCGUGUUUGCGCGCGCCGUGAAGACAUUACGCACCUGCUAAAAUUGGUUUCCUAUUGAAAAUACUUCUUUCCCGAAAUAAAUAUUAUAGUUUGAUGAUAUUUUAGGGUAUCUGAGGAGUAAAUAGAAAUGUAUUUUGACUUGUUGAGAUAAAGUUUAGAGGUAGAUUUUCAGAUUAUUUUCUCUACAAGUUGAACAAGUGGGAGAGAGAGAAAUACAGAGAGAGAGAGAGAGAGAGAGAGAGAGAGAGA